AUGUUCACCCUCGAUACUUGCGUCGCAAAAGCCACCCCUUCAACUUUAUCAGAUGGCAUCACGGGCCAGGCGGUCAAUUUAAAUGUCGUCCCCGAAGACAUCCACCACCUCAUCAUGACCGAAGUUGCGGGUACGUCUCCCACAGACGUACUGAAUGUGGCACAUUCAUCAGUCACAUUACGCGAUGCAGCAUUGCCCUUCAUAUACAGAAACGUCACUUUGACUAGAGGACUGAAGAAGAGCGAGGAACUAAAGAGAUACCAAGCGCUUGUGGAAAAUUUCCGCGGAGAUGAACAAGGACAUAUCGCGAAGCACGUGCGCAGCAUCACAGUCACAAACGACGUGCCUUCGGAUGACUUGAUCAUGAUGCUCAACAAAGUCGCGCAGCACGGAGAUCUCGAAUCGCUAAAUUGGGAGACCUCUGCGCACAUGUCUCGUGCAGUGUACGACAUGAUCCACGCGACUUGGCCGCAGCUUGAGCUACGUGUUGUUACUUUGGACCGCCAGAAUGCGAAGAACAUUCUCCAUCGACAGAUGGAUAUGAAACUUCUAUCGUCCCCUUUGCUUACCGAGCUCACGCUUUGGCGGUCGGCGGUAAUGUACGAUCUCUUCGGCUGCAAAACAGACAAGACUUCGAUGGCUACCAUGAGGCAAGGAUCGUACCUGAUUCUGAACCGGAAAGGUUGCCGCGCCUCGAUCUCGCGUCCGGUCUGCAUCGAUGCAAGACAUCUUGAAGUUCUGUCGAGCAUGAAGCUCACGAAACUCGAUCUCUACCUCCACAUUCCUGGUAAGGCGACUGACUACUGCGACCAACUGAUGGGUGGGAUGAUGGGAGCCGCAACAACUCCUCCGCUUGACGAGAAGCGUUCUGUGGCCGCUGCGGUCGAGAUCGCCGAAGCUGUCUCGGGGUCGCAGAAAGAUGGGCUGCAGUGGCUCACACUCCAUAUUUCCCGCAUGACGUAUGGAGACCGUGCCGAUCCAUGGGAAGUAUUCACGAGGCUACAAAUCAGGCAGAACAGUUACUCCAAUAGAGUGCGCAGACAUAAGUGGGAUGUGCGUGGCAAGAUGGACUGGUAUGCACUCCCUUCGCUUGAGGAAAAUCUGUUGUUAGAGGAGGAAUAG